AGUUAUAAUAAAUUAAAUUAUAUGAUAUCAUAUAUAUAUAUAUAUAUAUAUAUAUAUAUAUAUAUAUAUAUAUAUAUAUAUACGAGAGUUAAAUUAUAAAAAAAAAAUACGAGAACGCAGAUUCUUUUGCAUGACAAUUGUUCCAGAUGCAUGAGCAUUAUCAACCGUUUCGUUCUCUUUAAUCCUAACAGAACAUCUCUACUGGAAAUAAUAGCGUCGCCAGCAGCAUAUCCGUUGCCUAUUGUCAGACAGUUUCUGAAUUACGGAUGCGCAAGGAGCAUAGAAGUGUAGGAGCUGGGAAAGUUGGCAUAUUACUCAAUUAGAAACGAUACAAAUUGCGGAUGAGGAUGAAGUGUGUUUUUCUUGCGGGCGAUAUAAUAAAAUAAAAAAUAACGUAACAUUUGUUCUCAAAUAUGUUUGCGCGUAACACGUUUUGCACUCUAUGUUCUAUAAUAUUUUUUUUUAACAUUAAUUUGGCAGAAUGGGUGGACAUGCCGCAAUUCUCGGACGAGAGCAAGAUUUAUAGGAUACCUUUUGUCCAGCAUGAUCAAUUUUAUAAGUUUACAAGACGCGGUGACAUUAAUUUUCCCGGCGAUCAACGAAACAGCAAUCAAACUUACGGCGGGUAUCCCAUUAAACCUACAUAUGCGAUGGAUGAUAAAAAAAUAGAGAUUAAGAAGAUAAAUUCUGUCACAAUGUCGACAACAUUAUCGAAUUUACUUCCCGAACAAAUUGCCGAAAAUUUUACAGAGAUCAGUAAACAUCGCGCACCAACGAAAACUGAUGAUAUUUCUGUGACUGAGAAUAAAUUAAAUAACAAAUAUAGUACAAUUUCAUCGACAAAGGAUACAACAUUUAAUACAUUUACAACUCAAUCGCCGAUUACUACUACGCACAAACAAGAAAUGAUACGGGAUAAAUAUUACAACUACACGCUGAAAAAAGACGAUGGUAUAUUUCAAUAUUUGCCCAUAGACAUACUUAAGAAUGUUCAUAGUACUUUGAAAUCACAGCCAGUAUCGUUUGAAGGGAAACUUCACUUUCUCAAAAUGUUCGAAAAGACAUUAAUGUCGGAAAUAGGUAAAAUAUUUUAUACUCCUGACAUAUAUCGUCAAGUGGCAUGAUUUUUUUGAAAGCUCUUACAUUUUUAUUCCUCGACAGAAUCUCGUCUCACCGCUACUAUGUCGUCAAGUCGAAAAGUAAGAGGUGCGGAUUAUCAUGGGCAUGGCUAUGACGGUCACGAUGAACAUUCUAUAGGAUUUCCUUCAAUAGAAGGCGCACUGCUCGCUAUAUCGUUCCUUACAUUCGCAGUUUAUCUUGUUCGAUUAGUUAUGCUUCUCUUUAAAAAUAUGAAUACCCCUAUGACUACUACAACCGCUGCUGCGGUUUUUCUCGGUAAAAGGAAAAGAUCCACCGAUCUUGAUGACGACGCCAUUAGGAUACUUAACAAUAUGAAUUUCGUUUCUGACUUUUAA